CAGAUAUUAGUAUACGGUUAACAAAUAGUAGGAAAAGGAGCACAGCAUCGUUUCUGUGUAUUCAUAUCGUUACUACAGUGUUGGGGGGACGGAUGCAGUGGUGAUAUCGACUCCUAAGCGGCAGCUGGUGGCAGCUAGCCGGGUUAGCUGGUAGAGACUGAGGCUGUGUGGAUGAACUGCUGGCAACAUCAGCCUACGCGAAAACACAAAGAAAAGAUAAAAUACUUUUUUUUUUAAGUUUAACUUACGUAUAGUUUCAUUUAGAAGGGACUAGUCGUGUCUUAAUAAGAUAGUUGUUAAGUUUCUUGAGGGCCAGCUAACUUAGCCACAUCUGUAAAUACUGGGUUAGCUUUAGCUAACUUUGCCUGAAAAACACAAUGAGCUCUGAAGAGGCUGCAGCGUCCACUAAAGCCACCCCGGAGGAUGAUGGCAUGACAUGGUGGUACCGAUGGCUCUGCAAAAUAGCAGGGGUGCUGGGAGGAAUAUCCUGUGCCAUCUCAGGAGUGUGGAACUGUGUCACUGUGAACCCUUUAAACAUCGCUGCAGGAGUAUGGAUGGUGUUGAACGCUUUUGUUCUGUUCCUAUGCGAGGUCCCGUUCUGUUGCCAGUUCAUAGAGUUUGCCAACGCUGUGGCCGCCCGUGCAGACAAAUUCAAACCUUGGCAGAAAUCUUUCUUCUACUGCGGGAUGGCUCUCUUUCCCAUUUUCUUGAGUUUCUCCUUUACAACCUUGUUUGGAAAUGCCAUCGCCUUUGCAACAGGAGUCCUGUACGGCCUUGCAUCUUUAGGCAAAAAGGGAGACGCCGUGACUUACGCCAGACUGCAGCAUCAAAAACAAGGGGAUGAAGAGAGGAUGACAGGAACGAUCGGGGCUCCGGAGUGAGGCGUCCACCGUCCCACCCUCAAUCUACUUCCUCAAUUUUCUUACUGAGGAAUUUUUUCUCCCUAUCCUCCGCCCACCCUACCUCUUCCUCCAUUGCCCCUUUCGCUCUCUUCCAUUUCCGUCACCAAAUAACAACGUUACUGAGUUUAUUUAUUUAGUUAAACCGCUGCAUUCUUGUUCACCUGACCUAAUAGCAUCUGAACUGACCGGCGUUGGAUUGACUCCGUUAUUUGGUACCUGGCGUGUAAAUGGAAGCUGUCAUUAAGACAUGAUACUUUAGAUUGUAUGGGUUUGUUUUUAUGUUUUUAAUCAUGGAUUGUAUUUAUUAUAUGUUUCCCUUUUGUUGUUUUGCUGCUGUUAGUUGUAAACCCCCUCUUUUUAUUGUGAGGAAAAAGUUACAUCUUUGUAGCCCGAGCCUUUCAGGAAACAAAUAGAAAACAAAGACAAGGCUGAAUGAAUAGAAAUUGUGAUUGUAAAAUGUACAUAUUUUGACUUCAUGUCAUUCACUUGGACUUUCAGGCUGUGAUUCAGAGUUGUCUGGGAGUGAGGGAGUGCAGUGGGUAAAGAAAGGUCAAAGCAUUAGGAACUUUCCCACUGAGGCCCCGUUCAUGACCAAAAGUUCCAGGUAAUGUGGAACCAGAGGAACUCAUCUCAGGAA